AUGUCCUCCACCGACUCCAGCAACCAGCCCUCUAAGGCCACCGGCCAGUACCAUUCCGUGAAGGGUACCGUCGUCGAGACCAUCGGUGAUGUCACUGGCGCCACCACUUGGACCCAGUCCGGCAAGGAGGAGCACGCCCAGGGCGAGGCCGAGUAUAACGCUGCCCAAGCCCAGAACUACGUUGAGGGUGCCGCUGACCGCGCUGCCGGCUACAAGGACUCGGUCCUCGGCGCUGUCAUGGGUGAUAAGUCACAGCAGGCACAAGGCGACGUACGUCAUGACGUCGGCAAGGCCCAGCAGAAGGCUAACGAGCCUUCGACGUGA